UCCGCGCAUGCCUUUCCGUCGGCGAGGAGGACGCAAGUUUGAAUGCACUUGGCCGGCCGCUAUAAAGAGGCGAAUUGGCGGAUUGGCUCGCUUUCUUGCCUGUCGUGCUGCACGCUUGUAGCGCAGCAGAAGAGUCCAGGGAUCUUGCGCGUGUCGCGUGUGGUACAGCGGUCUGUUCUAAUCUGUGUGCCAUCGGUGACUGCCUGCUGGCUCAGGGUUUGGGACAGGUAGCGGACGGCCUGUCCCACCGCCGCCAUGAGACUGUGCAGGUUCGGACUACGGGCGGUCUCCCCACCAAAGGUUGGUCUCCUGCUGUCCGCCUUCCUGGCAGUGUGCUGCGAAGCGUACCCAAAAGCGACAACGUCAUCGCCAACCGAAACCAUCGCUGUCGGAAACGGCAGGGGGCUCACACGCAGUAGUCCAGUGCGCCGGCACCGCCACGGUCGCCGUCUCGACGCGGGUCCAACGCCGCUGCGCCGCCGUGCUCACGUUGGCUCGAGCGGGAGCACUCCGGUGGUGGCAGACUACGACGUCGACGGCGCCGAUUAUCCGCCGUACUACAACUACUGGCCCCCAGCCACGGACAAGCGUAAAGGCGGAGUGGGCGACGGCCACCAUCCUCACCGCCGCCGCCACAGGCAGGACAGGCGGCGCUACGACGAAUUUGAAGGGGACUACUAUUACGACCACUACGUGGGCAAGCACGACUACAAGAACGAGUACGACAUCGUGUUUCCCCUGCUGAUCCUCAUCAUGGCACCUCUGGCGGUGUCCGCCUUCUUGCUCCCGAUCAUCGCGUCGCUGAUGACCAACACUUUCUUCCUCGUUAAUGGGGCGACGUCGGCUGCCAUCCAAGGACGUCGCAGGCGGAGUGUGCGACAAUUGACACCUACGGCCGACGAACUGAUAAGGCUGGAAGAAGUUCUGUCGAAGGCAAUCGAGAAGUACGGCGGUUUCGAAGAGAUUCACGAAACGACCGGCGUGAUUCACGAGUCGACGAACCGUGGGGCAGUGACGAAUUGAAGAGGCUACCUUAGGAAAGACCUUGCCGAGACGCGUUGUGCGACGGAAACCUAGGAAGUGCAAACUUUGACGAGCACGUACGAGGCAGCUUGUCGUGUCACUCAGUCUUGGUUGUAGCUGCGUGAAGACGUCAGUAGCUAAGGAAGAAGUGCUGCGGGCCACCAUAUGUGCAGCGCUCAUGCCUGGUUUCGCGUAUUUAGCAGUAGCCGUAGCAACUGUCGUCGUUUGUCAUUUGGGCAAAAAGAGCGAAAUGGCCAGAACGAAACAUCUAAUUUUAUGUCCCUCUUCACGAACAUACAAGGUAGUUCAUUAUUUUCUAAGACACACUGCGCUGGGCAUAUUGAUCACGUGCAUUCGCGUAAGCGACUUGUCAUUGCAUCAUCUUAUUUAUUUCCUACAGCAGGGAAACAUAGUCUGGAGAAGCGUAGAAUAUAAUAUUAAAAAGAAAUAUUGCGUUUUGAACUUCAUUGCAUAGUUUUGACGUCUCACUUGUCACCUACGGCUGCGUUUCUGAAUACCGGGCACCUCCACGCUAUAGGGCGCGCAUCUGUUAAUAGAUAUAUGCUAAGUGGAUACAACGGAGCGGUGAUGUCACUCAAGCUUGUUGAACUUAGUUUGUGUUUCAGCUACAGGCAACGCCAGCAACUCCUUGUGAUGUGGUUAAAAGCAGGUCAUGACACAAUAAGCACCAUUCCAGUGAGUUGGGCGCAAUCGCAACACGAUCUUUAAUCCUCUUGCUUGCAAGAAGUUUAUGACUCUAUAAUAAUCUGAAACUACUAAAAUUAAGAAGAGAGCAAAGCUUAAUUGGCAAUGCCAAAUAAGAAAGAACAACAGUGAGCUGAGCUAGUUGGUAAGGAUUCAUAAUGCAAAGAAGGGGUAAUGCGUGCAGACGCGGACGCAAGAGAAGUGGACAACACGAACGCUCUAAAACUGCAGAAAACUGCAGGUUAGGUGAAAGCCUGGUAGGUCAACAGUGAAUGCCACAGAUGCGCUAUCAGGGUUUUGGUUCGACAUACUGUGCACUCUUUAACUGAACACGGCAAAGUGUUUGACAUCAUUCGACAAUUUCGAGGUCUGUUGCUCAAUCUCAGCAAUAGGCCACUUGGCAUAGUGAGAGCUCUCAUGAUACAGUAGGCAAUCCUACAUAAAAAUCACAAUCUGCGGGUGUGUCGUUACUAAAGAAACAUGAAUCAAGUGGCUUUGCUCUUUACUGCAUCGUCAGACAGCUCCGACCAAAAACGACGACAAAGUCAAAGAACGGAAGCUCAAGUCCGUGUCAACUUUGGUGUGUAUGUUCAUCUCAUGAUGACGACCGCGAAUGACUUGCUAUAUUUUCUUAAUUAUGAAAAUGACAUCUUGCUGUUGGACCGUUCCGAAAUCACUAGGACAGAUACUUGGCCCUGUUUAUAUGGCACAAUUCUCUGCGUAGCUCAGGAGAGACCAAGCGAAGGCCCAAAGGAAUACAAUGAUGUGUUGAUGCUGGUGUGUCGUCUCUUAUGCCUUCGUUCUGUCGCUUCUACUCUCCUGGGUGAACUAUGCCACACAACCAAGCCGAAGAAUGUGCGCUCGUGAACUAUGUUUGUCGUACAACGGGUCCUUUCAGCUCUUUUUCUUUGAAUCAGCGUUGAGUGUCGUUCUCCCUACAUUCCGGUUUCUUGCGUGCUGUGCAGUGAAUUAUCAGAAGUGCAAAUGGUGCUUUAGGCACCUUUAUGAAUGACAAGGAUCAUGUUGUCCUGACCCCAUUGUUCCGUGAUUUGCUCUGUACAGCUGGUGUGAUUACGUUUCCUAGACGAAUAUCAAUAAAGGAUUUUAUACCAGAA